CCCGCAGGGCUAGCCCAGUUCCUAUAGCUGCAGUAGAUAAUCUGAAUCCUUGUUUUUAUUUAGUGGAUCCUCUAUCCCUCUGAGAGUGUGGAACUCCUGAGGUCUUCUUAUCCAGUGACUGUGAGGUGAUGGAGUUUUCAAGUCAUUUUAAAGAGGUGGGCCCAAAGCACCCGGGCAGGGUAGUCGUGGCUGCCAGCCUCACAGGAUUGCUUCUGCUUCAGGCAGUGUCCUGGGCAUCAGGUGCCCGCCCCUGCAUCCCUAAAAGUUUCGGCUAUAGCUCAGUGGUCUGUGUCUGCAAUGCCACCUACUGUGACUCUCUUGACCCCCUGACCUUCCCUGCCCUUGGUACCUUCAGCCGCUAUGAGAGUACGCGUAGCGGACGUCGGAUGGAGUUGAGUACAGGGACCUUCCAGGCCAAUCACACAGGCACAGGGCUGCUACUGACCCUGAAGCCAGAAGAGAAGUUCCAGAAAGUGAAAGGGUUUGGAGGGGCCAUGACAGAUGCUGCUGCUCUGAACAUACUUGCCCUGUCACCCUCUGCCCAGAGUUUGCUGCUCAAAUCUUACUUCUCAACAGAAGGAAUUGAGUAUAAUAUCAUCCGGGUACCCAUGGCUAGCUGUGACUUUUCCAUUAGCACAUACACCUAUGCCGACACCCCCGAUGACUUCCAGUUGCACAACUUCAGCCUUGCAGAAGAAGAUAUCAAACUCAAGAUACCCCUGAUUCACCAAGCCCUGAAGUUGGCCCAUCGCCCUGUCUCACUCUUCGCCAGUCCCUGGACAUCACCCACUUGGCUCAAGACCAAUGGGGCAGUGAAUGGGAAGGGGUCACUCAAGGGUCACCCAGGGGAUAUCUACCACCAGACCUGGGCCAAGUACUUUGUCAAGUUUCUAGAUGCCUAUGCUGCGUAUGGGUUAAAGUUCUGGGCCGUGACGGCCGAGAAUGAGCCUUCUGCAGGGCUGAUCAGUGGGUACCCCUUCCAAUGCCUGGGCUUCACCGCUGAACACCAGCGAGAUUUCAUCGCCCGUGACUUGGGUCCAACCCUUGCCAACAGUACUCACCGUGAUGUCCAGCUGUUCAUGCUAGAUGAUCAACGCCUUUUGCUGCCCCGCUGGGCACAGGUGGUACUGGCAGACCCAGAGGCAGCCAAGUACAUCCAUGGGAUUGCUGUACACUGGUAUCUGGACUUCCUGGCUCCAGCAAAAUCCACCCUGGGGGCGACACACCGGCUGUUCCCGAACAUGACGCUCUUUGCCUCAGAGGCCUGUGUGGGCUCCAAGUUCUGGGAGCAGAGUGUGCGCCUAGGCUCCUGGGAUCGAGGAAUGCAGUACAGUCACAGCAUCAUCACGAAUCUCCUUUAUCACGUGACUGGCUGGACCGACUGGAACUUUGCCCUGAAUCCUGAAGGGGGGCCCAACUGGGUCCGCAACUUUGUGGACAGCCCCAUCAUUGUAGACAUUGCCAAAGAUGUGUUUUACAAACAGCCCAUGUUCUACCACCUGGGCCACUUCAGCAAGUUCAUUCCUGAAGGCUCCCAAAGAGUUGGACUAGAGGCCAGUGAGAAGACUGAGUUGGAAACAGUGGCACUGAUGCAUCCUGAUGGCUCUGCAGUUGUGGUUGUGCUAAACCGGUCCUCGAAGGAUGUGCCUUUUACCAUCAAGGAUCCUGCCGUGGGCUCCCUGGAGACCAUCUCACCUGGCUAUUCCAUUCAUACCUACCUGUGGCGUCGCCAGUGAUGGAGCAGAUACCCAAGCAAGGACCUGGGUUCAGCAUGGGCAUUAAAGGGACAGAGUCAGCUCACAUGCUGUCUAUGGCUAAAGAGGGCACAGCAGGGCUGGGGUGAGCUUAUAGUGACGUAAGCCCUUGGGCAGUGGUUUGGGUGACUCACUCUCCUCUCCAGUGGGUGCCAGGGGCUUGAGGCCCCUAGAGAAAGAUCAGGAAACCCUAGUGUCCCCCCACCCGGCAUGCUUGUGUUAGCUGUGUGCUGGUUCCUGUGGAAACUGGGCCUAGACCCAGGGUGAGCUCACUGUGUGUAUUAAAACAGAUGGAGUGGGAGUUAGGGAAAGGAGAGACUAGGAAAGCUAGACCCAAGCUAGGUACUAUUUGUCUUUCCUGGAGAUGCAAGAG